AGAAGAGAAAAGCGGCUUAUUAAGGUGCGCCGCGCCAGAGUCAGGUCGGUCGGCGGCAGGUGGGAGAGAGAGUCAGGUCGGCCAACCUGGCUGCGGCGAGUCUCAGCUCAGUUGGUCGCGGAGAAGGGAAAGGAGGAUGACGUCGUCGUCCAGCAACAGGAUUUUCACUCUCAAAUAGGCGGAAGUGGAGAAGAAAAAGGAAAAAUGCGGCGCCGAGUGAUUUUGGGGCUGAUUUUGGUGGCCCUGAAGGUGGCCGACGCGGGACCUUUGGUGCAAAGCAGGGUGCGGUGCGGCGACCACACUUGCUCCGACGGACAGUUUUGCAAUUUCAGUUUCGGCAACAUUUGCUCAGACUGCAGCACCAUUUGUGACCAGAACUCGCACAAUUACAAUCAAAUCGAGUGCUUCGAAAAGUGCCAAGCUUAUAUUCUGAGAGAGCAGUUCGCAAGCAAAUUAGAGUCGGACAGACUCGCCAGCAGUUUAAAAGAUCUGACUGGGGAGGUGAAGAAGCUGCAGGUUCUGGCGUGGCUCAGCAUGGCCUUUUCGGGCGUUGCGGCCGCCGUGCUCAUCUGCCUCGGCCUCUGCAAACUCACGCGCGCCAAAAGACACCACGGCGGUCUGGUCCCUUUGAUCAGGACCAAAUUCAGAUCUCUCAAGAAAACGGGGAAGCCCGAGGCAAAAGUUGGAGACCCGUCGACCGGUCUGAAGUUGGCGAUUUCGGCGCCGAUGGACACGACGGCGCCGCCCACGUGCUCGACCACAGUUUCCGGACUGAUGAACACCAGCGGCGGCUCGCCGCCGACCUUGAGCUACAAAAAACGCAGCCCGUCCGAAGACAACACCCUCGACUACACGUACGACAACGCAGGCAUGUCGCCCUCGCCCACGACCUUUGCCAAGGGCGUCGAGUUCAACUCGAGGGGCGAAAUCAGAUUUUGACUUUAGACAAAAUAUAACAGAGAGUGCAAUUCUUUAAUGUGUGAUAAAAUGAAAAGUGGUCUGGACAAUUUCGAAAGAGAUUUACAAAAAUUUUCUGUUGAUGUGAAAAGAGAUUAAUUCAGAUUAAUUAACUUUAAGUGGAUAUUGAUAGAGAGAGAAAAA